AUGUCAUCCAAAUCGAGAGGGCACAGGGCUCACCAUAGCGUCACAGAAGACCAAUCAACCGCAUCGCAAUCCAGCAGGAGUAAACAUUCACGAAAGCCAUCUGCCACCUCGAGUUCCAAACCAAGAGCAAAGUCAACCUCGUCUCCUCUGCCACCGGCGUCAUCCUCACGAUCGAACUUACCCCAUUCCAGCCGCCCUCCACUUCCCGAACCGAGGAGACCCCCGCCGUCACUAUCGGAUCGUUCGUUCCUCGAUAUCGGUGAACCGCCGUCCGGAAGCAGGCGCCGAAAUUCGGCGGCACCCAUAGCAGCCGAGCAGUCUUACGCCCGACACCGCCCCGAGGCAAAUACGGACGAGCGCAGCCCGGCCGACUCGGACUCGCAUGGACACCAGCAUUCUUCUCCACCCAGCUGGCCGCCUCCUCGCAAAGAUUCCUUGACACCGCUGAACAGCGAACCCGCGCCCAAGUCCGCCCCGCUUCCCACGACCCCGGAACCGCAACCAAACAUGGAUACGUUGAAUAUAGCAGUGCUGGGCGCAGAUGGCGUGGGAAAGUCGACUUUUAUACAGCGGGCAUUACGCGCGCCGCGGCCUCCCGGCAACAACAUCACUACCGUCCGGUUAGACCUGGACGGUAGUGCGCUGCGCGCUACAUUUCUCGAGGUUGAUACUGAGUUCUUAGAGGUCGAGGAAAAACAACCCAUUCACUGGCCUAAGCAGAUCAAUGGCCACAUGGUACCGCGCAUAGAUGGUGUCUUGGUGCUAUACGAUGUGACGAACAAGGAAAGCUUAAGAGAGUUACCUCCAAUAAUGAAUGCCUUGGCAAUUGCCAAAAUCCCAACCAUCAUCGUUGCCACGAAAUGUGACAGCCCCGAGAACCUACGGCAAGUUAAUCCUGAUGCCGUGUCGGGCUACUUCCCCGCCGCCGUCGCCACCUUCAAGACUUCAUCCAGCGUGCCAAGUAGCACAAGGGAUUCACUUCAGUGUAUAAUACGGGCUGCGCUCGUGAGCAAGAGAGGCGCCGAAAACAACAAGAACGAAGCUGCAAUAUCUAGAAGACGCGCGGCAUCUUCUGCAGCUCACCUUGACGCCCCAGAUCUUAACGGACGACCGCUCAGUCAGCAAGGCAAGCACGGGCGAGCUAGUUCUGACCUUUCGCUGUUACGAGGUACCCCACCACCUGGAAGCGACGGAGGUUAUUCGUACCGGGGCACACAGUCGCGAUCGCGGAUCGACCACUCAAGCUACGGAUCCGACGCGGCAGCUGACGACGGUAGCGUCACUGUUUCUGGAAUGCUUAGGACCCACGGCGGGGUGCGUUUGGACGGUGGUGGGCCCGACACGUUCCUGGACGUGGACGAGUCGGACGUCGAAUCAUAUCGACACUCAGACGACAUUCCCAUUUUGCAACGCGGCGAUGAGAAUUUUGCGGAAAAGCCGGCCAAGAUGGUCGGCGUGGAAUUCGACGAGCUCGUCGACCGGUUGCUGGCCCCGCGCAUGACGCGGGCCGACAACAACUUUGCCGACAUAUUCCUAUGUCUUUAUCGCAAAUUUGCCUCGCCUGGUCAGCUGUUGUCGGCCAUACUUGCGCGACUGGAGCCUGUGAUGAAAGACAAGAGCAUUCCUGACUUGACGAUGAUACAGACGGAGCUGCGAAUCAUUGAAGUUAUCGCGAAAUGGGUCUCACUAUAUCCAGGCGAUUUUGCCCGGUCAGCCACAAGGAGGCAGCUGGAGAAUUUAGUCCGCCAGCUUGCCAAGGAUCCGAUACUUACACCAUCUGCACAGCAGAUAAGGGUGUAUUUGGAACGCUACAUCAUGGAGGACGACGACACAGGCUGGGCCAAGUCGGAUGAGCCAGACAGAGACUCGUACCACGGUCAGGAUCCCAGGUUCACGUCGCGCGACGGGCAUAGAGGCGACGGUGUGCUUAACGAUAGCAUGACGUCGCUGCACCUUGAGGAUAGCCGGGAGUCGUCCUCGACAUAUGGGCAAGCACAGCGGGCUUCUGCAGACGACUCUGGGCCGCCCCGACGGCCAGUUGCGCAGUUUCAGUUCCAUUCGCUCGAUGACUAUGAGCGUGAGGCAGCGACGAUGAUGCCCACAGCAACUUUGCCAUUGAACAAAAUCCGCUACCACAUUUUCCUGGAUAAGGACACCGACGACAUUGCCGACGAAAUCACGCGUAUCGACUGGAUAAUGUUUUCCUCCAUUCGCAUUCGCGACUUGGUGAGACAUGUGAGCCUGUCGACUGAGCAGAAAGAGAAGUGCCGCAGUCUAAAAAACGUCAACCGCAUGAUCAGCCAUUUUAACCAUGUUGCUCGCUGGGUGUCUAAUAUGAUCCUUAUCCGAGACAAGGCGAAGCACCGCGCACCAUGCCUGGAGAAAUUCAUGCUUAUCGCACUCAGGCUGCGCGUUCUGAACAACUACAACGGGCUUGCUGCCGUUUUGGCGGGCAUCAAUGGGACAUCAAUCCACCGUCUUGCUCAAACAAAGUCGCUAGUUUCUGUGGAAGUGCAAAGGCGGUUCGCAAGGCUCGGGUUGUUAAUGGGAACUCAGAAGAGCCACUUUGCGUACCGACUCGCGUGGGAGAACUCUCCACUGCCAAGAAUACCUUUUAUGCCGCUACACCGACGUGAUUUAGUGUCGGCCGAGGAAGGAAGCAGGACUUUUGUCGGACCUCAAGGAGACAGGAUCAACUGGAAGAAGUUUGAGGUCUUGAGCGAAGUUUUGUUGCCUCUAAUGAAGAGCCAGGGCACGCCAUAUCCUAAUCUGAGGAAGGACGAUGGGAGUAGGGAGCUGAUUCUUGAUUGCAAGAUGCCAAUUGACGAAGAGCAACAGCGCGACCACAGCCAGCACACCAUGCCACCUAGGAAGAGAGCUCGUUCUAUGAGCAGCGAGGAAGGCGACUUUGAGCAGUCCGCGAAGGGUCGCCACCCCAUGCAGAAGCGCAAAAUGGGCAUGGAGAGGAGUGACGACAAUAUGGCGGCGGACUUUGGCGGUUCUGAAAUCGACAACACUCAGACUAGCGACGGCGGACGGCUGUUUGAUGAUAUUGCCUCCAUUCGACGGGAUGCCCUGGAGGAGCUCAGAUCUCAUGCUGAAGAGUCACACCACUCCAAAGCUUCGAAACAGCCAAAGGAUACGGAGGACACCCUACGUCAGAUACAGACCUCAAAUGCAGGCACAAAGGAGAAAGUCGAGCUUUUCCGGGCAGGCCGCGCACUUUUUAUUGCUUGCGGAUGCGCAAUUACGAGCACCGAAAAGUACGCUGGACACCUAAAGGAUACACAACGCCCACACCUUGAAGAUGCCACACUAGAACAAUGGCAGCAGGACAUUGCUAGUCUGGAGAGAAUUGUGGAUUUUGGUCACCAGUACGGGAAGCACCUAUCCGAGUGUGCAAUCACUGGGACUAGACCCUACACACCGGGAAGCAAUGAGGUCGACGAGGAUGGCAUGUUUACGAUUGAAAUCUUUGAAAGGAGCACUUCCGCGGUUGCCAAAGACAAGAGUUGGGGAAGUUGUGCCAGAAAACACGUCAAAGGCUUGAAGAUGUUGGCACCCACCGCGGAGGAGGGCAGAUCACACAGUCCGCCUUUGGGUCGGUGA